AAUUCCUCGACUGGCUUAUAGCUGGCUGCCCACUUAAUAUUGCCUGGGUACGCUCAGUUCUAAUGAGCGAAUCAAGUUCCACUCAUCCUCGCCUCGUACCCGAACCGAUUCCCACCACAGCUACCUCUGGAUUUGUUAAUCUAUCUGCAGCUUCAUUUUCUCCUGGAAGCAAUCGCGAGAUACUGACCUUGCCACCUUCGUUUCCUGCUCCUUGGCUUAACUCUGCCCCUGACCCAUCCGGCACUGCUAAGUCCAUGUCUAAUUCCAUAAGAUACCUACGCUCACGCUCCAAUCUUCAGGAGUUUGACCCAAACCUCUCCCGGCUUAAUAUCGACUUAGUCAACUCUUCUGAAGCUGUCUCCCCCUCCUACAUUAAACCGGAAACCGAUUCGGACUCAGCCGAAAACUUGAUCACAACAGACGACAUACAACCAAAUAAAGAUGCAAGUGCCUUUGUCGCCUUGGAUAAUGUCAUCAGCCAGGCAAGCAAAAGUCAAAAUGAGACAGGAAGCUUGAGUCCCAGACGACCGACCUCCUUGCUGCCUUCGCAUCGGGAGUUUACAGGUAGUUAUUCUAGUUUAGUAGUAGGAAGUGACUAUUUUCGUUUUUCGUUUUUUAAGUGGUCCUACUAA